GCGCGCGCGGGGCCUCGGGGCGGGGCGAGAUGGCGGAGCCCGGGUGAGGCGCGGGUUUACUGUCCAAGAGGAUUUAGACCUUGCUUAAAAAGAUGCCUGCUGCCUGUGAGUCAGUGCUUGAGGAUAUUGAAGACAUCGUGUCAGCAGAAGAUUUGAAGCCACACGAUCGGCAGUUUGUGAGAAGGAAUGUUUUUCCCAAAGUGCGAAAACGCAACUCCCAAAAAGUCGUUCAGACAGAUGAUGAGCCUCCAAGUGACAGCAUUAUUCCUGGUGUUCAGAAAAUCUGGAUUCGUACAUGGGGAUGUUCUCACAAUAAUUCAGAUGGUGAAUACAUGGCUGGGCAGCUGGCUGCAUAUGGAUACAAAAUUACAGACAACUCUGCUGAAGCAGAUUUAUGGUUGCUGAACAGUUGUACAGUAAAAAAUCCUGCUGAGGACCACUUCAGAAACUCCAUCAAGAAAGCCCAAGAAGGGAAGAAGAAAGUUGUUCUAGCAGGCUGUGUACCACAAGCCCAACCUCGCCAGGAGUACCUGAAAGGCUUGAGUAUUAUAGGGGUUCAGCAGAUAGAUCGUGUAGUAGAAGUUGUGGAGGAAACUAUUAAAGGUCAUUCCGUGAGACUGCUGGGUCAGAAAAAGGAUAAUGGAAAACGUUUGGGGGGAGCCCGACUGGAUUUGCCAAAGAUUAGGAAGAAUCCACUGAUAGAAAUAAUUUCCAUCAAUACAGGGUGUCUCAAUGCAUGUACCUACUGUAAAACUAAGCAUGCCAGAGGAGAUCUAGCAAGUUACCCUAUUGAAGAACUGGUGGACAGAGCCAAACAGUCUUUUCAAGAGGGUGUUUGUGAGAUAUGGCUGACCAGUGAAGACACAGGGGCUUAUGGCAGAGACAUUGGCACAGACCUCCCCACGCUUCUGUGGAAGCUGGUUGAAGUUAUUCCUGAGGGAGCUAUGCUGAGGCUUGGCAUGACAAACCCUCCCUAUAUUUUAGAGCAUCUGGAGGAAAUGGCCAAGAUUCUCAAUCAUCCAAGAGUGUAUGCUUUUCUGCACAUACCAGUCCAGUCAGCCUCUGACAGUGUGCUCAUGGACAUGAAAAGAGAAUACUGUGUGGCAGACUUCAAACAAGUAGUGGAUUUCCUUAAAGAAAAAGUGCCUGGAAUAACAAUUGCUACAGACAUAAUUUGUGGUUUUCCAGGAGAGACAGAUGAAGAUUUUCAAGAAACUAUGAAACUUGUAGAACUUUACAGGUUUCCAAGCUUGUUUAUUAAUCAGUUCUACCCACGUCCAGGAACCCCAGCUGCAAAAAUGCCUCAAGUUCCAGCUGCAGUGAAAAAACAGAGAACAAAGGAUCUCUCCCAGCUGUUUCAUUCAUACAAUCCAUAUGAUCAUAAGAUUGGUGAGAGGCAGAGAGUUCUGGUAACAGAAGAAUCCUUUGACUCCAAUUACUACGUUGCCCACAAUCCUUUCUAUGAGCAGGUUCUUGUACCAAAGGAUCCUCUGUUAAUGGGCAAGAUGGUAGAAGUGAAUAUUUAUGAAGCUGGGAAACAUUUCAUGAAGGGGCAGCCAGUAUCAGAUGCCAGAGUUCACACUGCAUCCAUCAGCAGACCGUUAGCAAAAGGAGAAGUUUCUGGUUUAACAGAGGAGUUCAGACGUUCACCACAGAAUGGCACAAACUGGAAAGCACAGCCUUCUGCUGAGAUCCCAGUGAAAACACAGCUCAGCUCCUGCAUGGCUUUGCAGCUCCCAUGGCAACAAGAGGGAGGUGGACUGAAGAUCCUGUCUGUCAGCCUGGCUCUACUGGCAGUUCUUGUUAUGUUUUACUAUGGAGGAAUGAAAACAGAACUGUGAACUGAAUGGGGCUUUUAUAAAAACAAUGAAACUGCUGUUCAGAAUCUUCAAAGGAAACAUUUUUACCAACAAAUUUUUUUUUAUUUUUUU